AAAGUGAAAUAGCGGCAGAUGUCGUUAUAAGACAUGGCCAAGAACAAAAGAACCGCCACCCGAAGACAAAAUCUCUCACUGACAACGAUAACGAGGAACUUAUUUAAGUCCUUAAAAUCUUUUACUUCAGUCUUUCCCUCCAACGGCAACGCUCUCCAAGAAUCCCUCCUUUCCUCGUCUCUUUGCGCUGUCUUGGUCGGGUUCGAGGCAGCAUUUCCUCGUCAGGGCCGGAGUUGGGUCGGCGUCGAGCGCGCGCGGGGAAAGUGACAGAAGUUAGCGAUGGUGGUGCUCCUGUGUUCGGUUUCCAGAGUGGUUGUCUGCGUUGUUCUUGUCGUGGUUUGCUUUGCGGUCUUCGAUUGUGAUGCUAAACUUUUGCCACAGGAUGAAGUUGAUACACUAAACACAAUCGCCACGAAAAUGCAAAACAAACACUGGAAUGUAAGCGAAACGUCAUGCAAUGAGGGUGUAGGUCUAAACGUGACCUUCACUUCAGGAGUGAUAAGCAACGUGACUUGCAACUGUUCCUUCAGUAAUGGCACAGUUUGCCAUGUCACGAACAUCCAGCUGAAGGGACUUAAUUUGAAAGGGACUUUUCCUGAUGAAUUUGGCAACCUCUCUUAUCUAACAGAAAUAGACCUCACUCUUAACUACAUCAGCGGAACGCUUCCCACAACUCUUGCUCAGAUACCACUUACCAUUCUUUCUGCACUUGGGAAUCGCUUAAGUGGUAUUCCCAAGGAAAUUGGAGACAUUAGCACGCUGGAGGAGCUUGUACUAGAGGACAAUCUGCUUGAGGGCGCUCUUGAGCCUAACAUUGGAAACUUGAGCCGCUUAAGGAAACUCCAGCUGUCUGCAAAUAAUUUCACGGGAACAAUUCCCGAAUCCUUUGGCAAUCUGAAAAACUUACAAACUUUUCGUAUAGAUGGAAGCACAUUAUCAGGAAAGAUACCCGAUUUUAUCGGAAAUUGGACCAAUAUUACAAGAUUGGACAUGCAAGGCACAUCUAUGGAGGGACCUAUUCCUUCUAACAUAUCUUUGUUGACAAACUUGGUGGAGUUGAGAAUAUCUGAUUUGAAAGGUCCAAGCUCGAAUUUUCCUGAUUUGAAGGGCAUGAACAUGAUGGCGACUUUGAUUCUGAGGAAUUGCUUGCUUAAUGGCUCAAUUCCAGAUUACAUUCGGGGAUGGACAAGUUUGAAGACAUUAGACCUGAGCGUCAACAGAUUGACCGGUCAAGUUCCUGAUACAAUGGGAGAUAAUCUGCAGUACAUGUUCCUGACAAACAACUCCCUUACUGGAGAAGUACCUGGUUGGGUAAAGAGCAGCAAUGAUUAUCUCGACUUGUCUUACAACAAUUUCACCGGCUCUUCUUCAACCAGUUGUCAGCAAUCACAAGUGAACUUGGUUUCCAGCUAUUCAUCUAACGGAAACAACUCGCUCUGGUGCUUGAAGAAGGGUCUACCCUGCAGCAGGAAAGCACAAUAUCACUCCUUGUUUAUCAAUUGUGGAGGAACCAAAACGACUUUUGACGGGGAUCAAUAUGAAGAGGACACCAGUCCGAAUGGGAAAUCGAUUUUCUCUUCUUCUUCUUCAGAAAAUUGGGCUUACAGCAGCACCGGACUUUAUAUGGGAAAUGAUGAUGCUGGUUACAUAGCGGAUAACCCAUUAUCCAUGAAUGAGGACAGCGCAGAAUUGUACCGAACGGCUCGCGUUUCCCCUUGGUCAAUCAGAUACUAUGGCCUUUGCAUGAUGAAAGGACCUUACAAAGUGCGGCUCCAUUUUGCUGAAAUUCAAUAUUCUGACAAUGAAACAUAUAGCAGCCUCGGCAGACGUAUAUUCGAUGUAUCAAUACAAGGCAAUCAGGUGUUGAAGGAUUUUAAUAUUGCAAAGCAAGCGGGAGGUGUUGGGAAGGGCAUACACAGGGACUUCGACAAUAUUACUGUGGAUGGAAGUACUUUGGAGAUUCAUUUAUAUUGGUCAGGGAAGGGAACCACAGCCAUUCCUGGUAGAGGUACCUAUGGACCACUUAUUUCCGCUAUUGCAGUGACGCCAAACUUCCCUGUUGGAAGCGCUGGACUAUCAGCUGGAGCAAUCACUGGAAUUGCGGUAGCUUCAGUGGUUAUCCUUGUAGUGAUAUUACUAGUCCUUUGGCUAACGGGAUUCUUAGGCGGCAGAGAAGUUGAAGAUCCAGAAUUACGUCGGCUAGAUCUCCAAACUGGCCAUUUCACUUUAAGGCAAAUCAAAGCUGCUACGGGCAACUUCGACUCUGUGAAUAAGAUUGGUGAAGGAGGGUUUGGGCCAGUUUACAAGGGAACACUUUCGGAUGGAACUAUAAUUGCUGUGAAGCAGCUUUCUUCUAAAUCGAAGCAAGGCAAUCGUGAAUUUCUAAACGAGAUAGGCAUGAUAUCUGCUCUCCAGCACCCAAAUCUCGUAAAGCUUUACGGCUGCUGCAUUGAGGGAAAUCAGUUGUUGCUAAUUUACGAGUAUCUGGAGAACAAUAGUCUUGCCCGCGCACUUUUUGGACGAGAUGAGCAGCAGAUUGAGUUGGACUGGACCACGAGAAAGAAAAUAUGUUUGGGAAUAGCAAGGGGAUUGGCUUACCUUCACGAGGAAUCUAGAUUGAAAAUUGUUCAUAGGGACAUAAAAGCGACAAAUGUGCUGCUUGAUAAGGAACUAAAUGCCAAGAUCUCAGAUUUUGGUUUGGCCAAACUCGAUGAAGAGGAGAAUACGCAUAUCAGCACAAGGAUAGCUGGAACAAUAGGUUACAUGGCUCCUGAAUAUGCCAUGAGAGGCUACUUGACAGACAAAGCCGAUGUCUACAGCUUUGGAGUCGUCGCUUUGGAAAUUGUCAGCGGGAAGAGCAACACAAAUUACAGGCCAAAGGAAGAAUUUGUUUAUCUCCUUGACUGGGCCUAUGUGUUACAAGAGCAAGGGAACGUUCUUGAACUCGUGGAUCCACGUCUCGGCUCAGAUUACUCCGAGGAAGAGGCUAUGAGAAUACUAAACCUGGCUCUACUAUGCACCAAUCCUUCACCAACUCUCAGGCCACCAAUGUCGUCUGUGGUGAGCAUGCUUGAUGGAAAAAGCCCAAUUCAAGCACCGAUAAUCAAGCGCACCGCAACAAAUCCAGAUCCAAGGUUCAGAGCCUUCGAGGGGCUAGCUAAUGAUAGCCAAACAAAUUUCUCGACAUUCUCUCAGGACACUCCCCAGGUGUCGGGAAGCAUGUCCAUAGAAGGUCCAUGGAUCGAUUCUUCAGCUUCUUUCACGAGUAAGGAUGAGACCCGCGGCUAUUCUGCAGAGAGCAAGCUUCUCCCAGAUUUUUAGGACUCAGAUUCGUUCAGUAACUAUUAUGGGUUCAUCAUUUUUUCUAUGCAAGUGUAAAGGAGUUAGAUGGUGGAAAUAUACGGAAUAAGGAUUCCGCUGAGAAUUGAGCACGUUCUGGCCUUUAGGCACAAGGUCUGGCUUCAUCUGGGUGACUCUGGAUUGAAAAUUUUUCGUACUUUUGGAUUUUUCGGAACGGUA